ACUGCUGGACUCCACAGUGCUCGUCAUGUAACAUGUCACUUGUCACCGCCCGUGCCUGAUCAUCCAAACCAGAGCUCCAUCUCCAUCUGUCUUAUACCCGACAACACUCGAGACGCAGAUCUCGUUUUAUGCCCACGGCAAGCAUCGAAUAGUUCCUAAAUAGUGUACGGCCCACUCUGGCCCUACUAUGAUUAGCUGUGGCUUUCCAAGUUGGUACUUAUGAAAUGGAUGCAGCUCCAAACUGCGCCAUCUGCAGUGCGCCGGCUGAAUAUGAAUGUACCUGCGAAUCUGAACGGCUUCAGAUUGCCGUCAAGCAAGCAGAGCAGCGUGCUAUGGAUGAGCGGAUGGCGGAGAUACGAGACUGGGUGAUCAACCAUGCUCGGCAGCACAUUCUGAACGCAUUCGAACGGUUGACAUCGACACGCAAGCAGGCACAUUCGGCAUACCUUGCCUCCCUUCCCAACUACGAAGUUUACAUGCGAUACUCAGGUCACCCUCCAAUUCAUCCCAUGUACGUUGCGACGCUCCAGACACAGAUUGCAGAAGCACAUUCGGAGCUCAAGCGGGGCAUCGACGCGGACUGGCGAGCAUCGGUCCUUCGCUAUCCGGAGGUCUUGGACUACUUUUACAGCCUCAUUGAACUCCGGCUACCCGACGACCACUCCCGGCAAGUAGUCGAACCACCGUUCGCGGCGGCUGGCUACGCAGACCGAGGUUAUGGCGUCAAAGAGCAGAUGCCGACCACGAAGAAGAAGAAGCGACGGGAUAGAGAAGGGUCGGUACCGCAGGGAGGACAUACGGCACUCAACAGAGUGAUGCGUGGGCCCCCUCCUGUGCCCACACCGCCAGUACAACAUGGAGCGUUCCCUCGACCACCGGGACCGUAUCCAUACUGAGAACAUACGCACUUGAUGCGGUUCGAUACGAUUACCCUUGGAAGUCACACCGGAUACAUGCAGUGGGACCAAUAUGAGCAGCAUAUGGCGGGCGUUGAUACUUGUACAUUUUUGGGGUGUUAUGACUGGGCUAUUACAAAUUUGUCGCAAUCUCCUCAGGCAUAGCGAGGAGUAUUCAUUUCCGUGUCCCUUAUUGUCGAUUACAGUAGUCAUUUAGUCAUUAUAGGUAGUCUGCAUUUGAAUGCAACAACAUUCUCAAUUC